UUUUUUUUUUUAAAAAAAAAAACUUUAAAAAAAAAUUUCAACAAAACAAUAAAUUUUUUAAAAAAUAAAAAAUUUAUUAAAUUAAAAUGACAGAAGUUUAUAAUACUGAACAAAUCGGUCAAAAUGAUUAUCAUUAUGAAGAAUACGUUGAACGAUUAAGUGAAGGAGAUUCUUCAAUUUCAUUUGACCCUAGUAAAACAACACCACAAUAUCAUAUUCAACAAGCUGAAACGGCCUUACAAAAUAUAAAAUCUCUUGUAAAAGAAUCGGGAUGGAAAAAAAUUUCACACCAUAAAAGUGGAGUUUUGGUUCAAAGUAAAUCUGGAAGUUCAAAUGAUAAAUUACCAAUUUUUAUGGGUGAACAUAUAAUUGAUGGUUUCACCCCUCAAUCUAUCUUUGCGGUUAUUGGAAUGAGAAAACUUUGGGAUGAGUGGUAUGAAGAAGGCAAUCUCAUUGAAAAUUUAGAUGAAACGACAAGCUUAACUUAUAUGGUUAUGCAAGCGUUGGCUGGUUCCAAACCUAGAGAUUUGUCCUUAGUUGAAAAGAUCGAAUGCACUCAAAGUGGAUCGAUAUAUUUUGUAUCUACCUCUGUUGAGACUCCAAAAGUACCUUGUGUUUCUAAUAAAAUCCGAGCUCAUAUUGUUCUUAAUGGAUGGGUUCUUGAGCCUCUCUCUUACGAUCCACCACGAACAAAAGCUACUUAUGUUCUUCAAAUCAAAGUUAAAGGUUGGGUUCCGUCAAUACUUUCUAAAACAUAUUUGGCGAAACGUCCCCUUGUCCUUUAUACUAUUGAACAAUAUUUACGUAAAAACGGACCUCCACAAAUGGUAAUAAGCAGCCCCACAGAAUCUACUUUUAGCGACAUCUCGGUAAAUAAAACUAACACAAUACAAAGUAAUAAUGCGAGUUUAAAAUACCCAAGAAAGAAAAUGUCAAUUUCUUAUUUAAACGGAAGAAAUUCGUCAACCUCAACUUCUCCAACUUCUCCAACUUCUCCAGCUUCUCCAGCUUCUUCAAUUUUUCCCACUUCUCCCACUUCUCCCAUUGGUACUACUAGAGAAAUUCAAAAUGAUUCAACGCCAUCGCCCGCUUCUCUUACACAGCUACAUUCUGCGACAAUAAAUUUAUCUCGACCGAAAAGCCCCACAAAAAUGACACAACAUCGUCAUACAGAAUCUGUACAAAAAGCUUUUGAAAUGUUCAAGUCACACCUUCCAAUGGACGAUUGGAAUCUUUAUUCUGAAGAUAAAGGUUUAAAAAUUUACAUGAAGGAAUUUGUUGGUAAAUCCACGCCCAUCAUGCGUGGAGAUGGCGUCAUUUCUGGUGGAUUUACAACUUAUGACAUUUUAUCAGUUAUUAAAAACUUAGAUAUGCGUAAAUUAUGGGACGAUCGAUAUGAUGAAGGUGCAAUUUAUGAAAUGUUUAGUUUACAUGAACGUUUAGCAAGAACAUCAAUGAAAGGAACAUUCCCAAUUAGUGGACGUGAUAUGUCAGUAUGUGAAAUGUUAGAUCAUGAAGAGGAUACGGGAAUUCUUCAAUUCGUUUCUACAUCUGUUGUUGACCAAUUAAUUCCGGAAAGCAAAAAAAUUGUUCGAGCAAAUUUGGACUUUGCGGGAUGGCGAUUAAAACCACAUUUUGAUUCUGAAGGAAACACUACUUCGGUUGAUACAACAUACAUCGUCGAUGUCGAUGUUAAACUUGACACAAUUCCAUCAUCUAUUCGUAAGACUCUAUCAGUUCAAAUACCCAUGAUUGUUUCAAAAUUAGAUGAAUUAAUGCAAAAAAUGGGAUUUCCUCCAUAUAUUGUUAACUCUACUACAAAGGUUAUAAAAGAAGAAUUUAAUAUUAAAAAUCAUCAAUAUGACUUGUCAUUGAUUGCUGAAGGGAGUGGAGUAACAGAAUUCAAAAUAUCAAGACUGAUGUAUCCAAACGGUCUUGACAUAUCCACCAUACCGGAAAAUUGUAAGGUUGAGCUGCUAUCAGAAAGUUCAGAAACUAUUCGAGUAACUCUUCCUCAAAGAGUUGAUUUAGAUAAUUUAAUGAUUACAAUCAGUAAACAUUCUACUAAGGAUUUCCAAAUAACUCACAAUCAUGAAAAAACAAUUCCAUUAGUUUCAAAUUCUACAAUCGAUGUAAAACAGUUUAAAAAUACUAAAGAUGGCACGACAUCUACUAAUACCACGCUUGUUGAAAACGGAACUAUCGAUGGUCAUUUAAUAAAAAUUUUAUCUGGCCCACAAAAACACAAGUUGAACACAAGGAGCAUAGUUACUCCUGAAAUUUUUAAGCUAUCAGAAGGUAAAAAAAAGAUUAGUCUUUUAAAGCUAAUCUGCGAGAAAUCGAUAUGUCGAUAAUUUGGUGAUAAAUUACUUAACUGAAAGAAUUAUUUAAAAAUGGUCUUCACCUGUCGUUAAUGAAAAUAUAUAAACAAGUAAUUUAAUAUAAUAUCCCCUUCUUAUCCGUAGAAAUAUAAUAAGAUAUCAAUCAUACCUUACAGAUUGAGAAUGUAUAUAUAUAUAUAUAUA